UCUUUUGAUUAAAGCCCAAAUUGUCAUUGGGCAGAAGCAAUCAUGUGACAGCCAAUUCGGUCCAAUUUCAACCUUGUCUCCAUGAAUUCAAUAGUUUAAUAGUAGCGCGGUCCCCAUACGGCUGUAAUCAGUGAAUUAGAAAAAAAACACCCCAGCAGCGAUCUUCUAUGAUAGAUUUUUUUUUUCCUCUGCGCUUGCCUUUUUCCUGGGCCUCGCCCCCCCAAAGCCCCUCCAGAAGAGGGAACUUUUUCUCCGAGGGGGCUCCAAGGAGAAGGCCAUGAAUUACGAAUUUGAGCGAGAGAUUGGUUUUAUCAAUAGCCAGCCGUCGCUCGCUGAGUGCCUGACAUCUUUUCCCCCUGUCGCUGAUACAUUUCAAAGUUCAUCAAUCAAGACCUCGACGCUUUCACACUCGACACUGAUUCCUCCUCCUUUUGAACAGACCAUUCCCAGCCUGAACCCGGGCAGUCACCCUCGCCACGGCGCCGGCGGCCGCCCCAAGCCGAGCCCCGCGGGCAGCCGCGCCAGCCCGGUGCCCGCAGGCGCCCUGCAGCCGCCCGAGUACCCCUGGAUGAAGGAGAAGAAGGCGGCCAAGAAGUCCGCGCUGCCGCCGGCCUCGGCCGCCGCCGCCACCGGCCCUGCCUGCCUCGGCCACAAAGAAUCACUGGAAAUCGCCGAUGGCAGCGGCGGGGGCUCCCGGCGCCUGAGAACUGCUUACACCAACACGCAGCUUCUAGAGCUGGAGAAGGAAUUUCACUUCAACAAGUACCUUUGCAGGCCGCGGAGGGUCGAGAUUGCAGCUUUGCUGGAUUUGACCGAAAGACAAGUCAAAGUGUGGUUUCAGAACCGGAGGAUGAAGCACAAGAGGCAGACCCAAUGCAAAGAGAACCAGAACAGUGAUGGGAAAUUCAAAAGCCUCGAAGACUCUGAGAAGGCCGAGGAGGAUGAGGAGGAGAAGUCACUGUUCGAGCAAGCCCUCAGCGUCUCCGGGGCCCUUCUGGAGAGGGACAGCUACACUUUUCAGCAAAAUGCCCUCUCUCAGCAGCAGGCUCCCAAUGGACACAAUGGUGACUCCCAAAGUUUUCCAAUUUCGCCUUUAACCAGCAAUGAGAAAAAUCUGAAACAUUUUCAGCACCAGUCACCCACUGUUCCUAACUGCUUGUCAACAAUGGGCCAGAACUGUGGCGCUGGCCUAAACAAUGACAGUCCCGAGGCCCUCGAAGUCCCCUCUUUGCAGGACUUUAAUGUUUUUUCCACAGAUUCCUGCCUGCAGCUUUCAGAUGCAGUCUCGCCCAGUUUGCCAGGCUCUCUGGACAGCCCUGUAGAUAUUUCAGCUGACAGUUUUGACUUUUUUACAGACACACUCACCACAAUCGACUUGCAGCAUCUGAAUUACUAAAAACAUUAAAGCAAAACAAAGCAUCACAAAACAAAAACCCCUUUGGUCAGGUGGUUUUGCCUUUUUAAAAUUCUGGGAGAUGAUGUUUACCUUAUUUUCUUCUUAACCUAUCCCCGCCUUUCUUUAAUUGUUGAGGAUUUUCUGUUUAGUGAUUCCCUCUGACCCAGAUUCAGAGUCACCUUUUACAGAUUAUUUUGGAGUCUUAGUUAUUUUAAAUUUAACCCAGCCAGCCACCCUCUGUGAUUUUCCUGAAAGCAAUAUAUGAGGCCUGCAAGAAAGUGAUCAUAUAAUUGUAUCUUCACUUUCUUUUUAUUUUUGUAUUACAUUAGGAUGCAUUGUCAUGCCUAUUUUUGGUAGAAUAAAUUCGCCUUUACUACAAGUA